UGUCCUCCGCUCCGUAGACGGUAUACGACGGAUCCAGCUCCAACGUUCGACCCGAAGAACACCAAAAUACAUCAUCUCGCAUCUGGACGAGGUUUUCGGCCAGUGGCAUUGAAGAGUCAUCCACAAUGGAACCCACCCAGGAGGUUAUGGAGACCACAGCCGUGGACCUGGGCGCCCUUCUGGACGCAGGGGACGGCGCAGUCGUCACACUGGUGGCGGGCGGCACCCGUCUCGUGGCGCACAGGGCCGUGUUGGCCGAUAGAAGUCCCGUGUUUGGCGGCAUGUUUCGCCACGACACACUGGAAGCCAACACCGGCGAGGUCGCAGUCCCGGACGUGGAGGGCCCGGUGCUCCGCCAGCUGGUCGCCUACCUCUACACCCUCCAGGCCCCUCAGCUGCCCAGCCUGGCCCCCCAGAUGCUGGCAGCCGCUGAUAAAUACGGCUUGUCGGCCCUGAAGGCUCGGUGCGAGCAGCACGUGGCCGCUCAGCUGUCCGUCGAGACUGCGGCGGCCGCAGCUGUUCUGGCGAUCAGGCACUCCUGCACCAGCCUCAGGCAGGCCGCCGUUAACUUCAUAAAGGCCAACGCCGUCCAGGUUAUGACCACACAGGGCUGGGCUGACGCAGUGCGCACUCAGCCUGAAGACAUUGUUACACUGGGUCAGCUGCUCGCAGAUCCUCCAGCAGAAACAAGCACGCCGGCCUCUGCAGACGGCUGUCCGCGCCCCGGUAGUGGGCCCCAGGGAGACUGUGGCCACACCCCUGCCACUGCUGCGCCGCCCACGGCCAGCCGCACUGCUCCUCCGCCAGAUGACUCUGCCGUCUCUCGCCUGCGGAGCCUACCUGUAAAGGAGAAGAACAGCAGGCUGAUGCAGGCAGCGAAGGAGGAUUCAGUCGGCGAGCUGCAGACGCUGCUGGCAGCUGGUGCGGACGUGCGGGCGAGGGAUGAGGGCGAGCGCAGGUUUACCGCCCUGCACUGGGCAGCAGACAAAGGACAUGAGAAGGCAGCGAGGUGCCUGGUGGAGGGUGGAGCAGAGGUCGACGCCAGGUGCAGCAGCUGGCAGGAGACGCCCCUGCACAGGGCUGCAUACAGUGGCCACGAGGCUGUGGCGCGGCUGCUGCUGGAGGCAGGGGCGGAGGUUGAUGCCAGGAACAAAACGCAGAGCACGCCCCUGCACCUGGCUGCAUAUCAUGGCCACGAGGCUGUGGCGCGGCUGCUGCUGGAGGCAGGGGCGGAGGCUGAUGCCAGGAACAAAACGAAGAGCACACCCCUGCUGCUGGCUGCAUUGGAAGGCCACGUGGCUGUGGUGCGGCUGCUGCUGGCGGCCACUCCUUACCACAACGCCAGGGAUCAGUGGGGGCGAACGCCGUUGCAUAAAGCGGCUGAGAGAGGCCACGUAGACGCGGCAUCUGCACUGCUCGAGGCUGGAGCCGACCGGUGGGCCAAGAGCAACGACGGGAAAACCCCACUGGACCUCGCCACGCAGAACAACCACCAGCAGCUGAUAGGCAUGCUAACGUGAAGCUAGCAGUUUGACAGACGUCCUUGGAGUAAAACGAAAAGAACCCCAUUCCAUGACUUCUUCAUUAUUAAAAUAAAUAUAUGUAUAGUA